AUGGAGACUCUCCAGAAGGAGAACGAGAAGCUCCGCGCAGACCUGGCCAGUCUACGUGAGCCUGCCUCUCGCGCGGCGCCCCAGACGCAGCGCCCAAGCCAGCCCGUGCCGGUGGAGAACCAGGUUCUGAACCUGAUCCGGCAGGAGCUGGCUGCCUUCCAGCACCGGUUCUCCGUGCUGGAGGGCAUCGUCCUGCACCCCCCCCUAGGGGCAAACAAGACGGCGGCGAGGCCGGCAACGGUCUCGUACGCGGCGGCCACAGCUGCCGCAUCCAGGCCGGGGCCGUCCAGCCAGCCUUCGGGCGGGGCUGCAGUUGCCCCUCCUCCCCCUGAAAAGCCGGCUCCGGCAAAACCGGUACCGGCUGAACCGGCUCCGGCUAAGCCGGCAACGGGAAAGAGAGGCAAGGCGAAGACAAAAAAGGGCAAAGCGGCAGCACAGGUGGUGGCUGCGCCAGCCCCAGUGCCUGCGGCGAAUGUGCCAGCGCCAGCGGCAAGCCAGCUGCCGCCGCCGCCACCGCCCCCGCAGCUCCCUACACCUCCCACGGCUGAAGCCGGUUGGCAGGUGGUCGGGGACAAAAAUAAGGGGAAGAAGGCAGCCAAAAAGGCCAAAGAGCAGGAGCGGCAGCGCCAGUUCAGGGCGCGCAAGAUGGCGGCUAGGCUCCGCGCCCCGAAGACCGCAGCUGUAGUGAUUACACUACAGCCGGACGCGGAAAAGAAGGGCGUUACCUACCGCGAUCUGCUCGCGAAGGCGAAAGAGGCGGUGGAUCUCGGGGAGCUCGGGAUCACCGGGGGCCUCCGGCUCAAAGUCACCCAGACGGGGGCCCGUAUGCUGGAGAUCCCCGGGGAAUCCAGUGGCGCGACCGCGGACGCUCUGGCUGCGAAGCUCAGAGCGUCCCUGGACGCGGACGAGGCCCGAGUGUCCAGGCCCGUCAGAUGCGCAGACCUGCGCAUCAUGGGUCUGGACGACUCGGUAUCGGAGAAGGAGUUAGUGGCCGCCGUCGCCAGGUCCGGGGGGUGCACUACUGACCAGGUCAGGUCAGGCGCCAUACGCCCGGACCAACAGGGUAUGCAUGCCGCCACGGUGUGCUGCCCUGUUACGGCGGCCAAAACCAUAGAUCUGUUGCUCCAGAGCAUGGCGCAGUGGUCGAUCAACAUCGCUGUGGUCGCUGAGCCGUAUUUUGUCUGGCCUAGGGAGGACUGGGUGGCGGACCUUAACGGCUCAGUGGCCAUCAUUUCUUCAGCCGCCGCCGGUACCCCGACCCUUGAAGGUGUCAGGAGGGGUCAGGGGUGCCCCUCGAGCGCGCCAGUCCAACAGGCCCCGAGUGGUCCGCGUUGGGCGCUGAAGCAGCUGGACCGGGAGCUCCUCCUGGAAGCCUCGAUCGUGCAGGCCUGGGUGUCAUCACCGGACAGGCCUGCCGACGUCAAUGAUGAGGCAGGGUGGUUCCAGGAGGCCAUGUCCGAGAUAUGUGACGUGGCAAUGCCCCGCGUCCGGCCAGGAAGCGCCCGGCGUCAGGUGUAUUGGUGGUCGCGUGAGCUGACGUCUCUGCGCGAGGCGUGUGUCGCCGCGCGGCACCUGUACGCCAGGCAUCGCAGACUCCGCAUUCGUCCACCGAAUGCGGCAGCCAUUGAGGCGGAGCUGUACGAGGGAUACAGAGCGGCAAAGACCGCCCUCCGGGAGGCUGUCCUGCGGGCCCGGGAUCGGGCCCGUGAGGAGAUGCUGGAGACUCUCGAUAGAGAUCCGUGGGGGCGCCCUUACAAGAUCGUGCGGGAUAAACUCCGCACCUGGGCCCCCCCGCUGACGCAGAGUCUCCGGCCUCAGCUCGUGGAGGAUGUGGUGAGCGCUCUGUUCCCUGCGCGCGGGGAACAUCCGCCCCCGCCUAUGGCUCCGCCACCUGCGGUGCCGGAAGCGGACCACCAGGACGACGACGACGACAUCCCGGAAGGGACCGGGGUAGACCUGAGAGUGGCGGUACGUAGGCUCAAGGCCAGGAAUACCGCCCCAGGACCCGAUGGCUUGCCUGGCAAAGCCUGGGUCCUGGCCUCGGAGGCUCUCGGGCCCCGACUGGAGGGGCUCCUAAGCGCAUGCUUGGAGAGAGGCCAAUUCCCGCUUCGUUGGAAGACGGGGAAGCUGGUCCUCAUUCGGAAGCCGGGGCGCCCUGCGGACUCUCCGUCCGCAUACCGGCCCGUGGUGCUGCUCGACGAGGUGGGCAAGCUCUUUGAAAGAGUAAUUGCAAACCGCCUCGCCGAGCACCUUGCGGGGACGGGGCCGGAUCUUGCGGAACACCAGUUUGGUUUCCGCAAGAGGCGCUCUACGGUGGACGCCAUCAUGCGCGUGAGAGCCCUCACGACGGGGGAUGCAGUGGCCAGGGGGGGGGUUGUCUUGGCGGUGUCUCUCGACAUCGCCAACGCCUUCAACUCCAUGCCCUGGAGCUGCAUUAGGGAGGCACUCCGGUAUCACCGGGUGCCGACCUAUCUCCGUCGUAUAGUCGGGGACUAUCUGACGGACAGGGCCGUCAUCUACUCCGGUCGAAACGGAGAGUGGAACCGGCGAGAGAUGUCGUGCGGUGUCCCACAGGGUUCGGUUCUGGGGCCGCCCCUGUGGAACAUCGGUUACGACUGGGUGCUGCGCGCCGACCUCCCUACCGGCGUCAGCGUAGUUUGCUACGCUGACGACACGCUGGUACUGGCACAAGGGGGGUCGUACGAGGCGGCGGCGGAAACUAUGACACGCGGGGUUGCGAUAGUCGUUGAGAGGAUCCGGCAACUGGGUCUCGAGGUGGCUCUGCACAAGUCCGAGGCCAUGCACUUCCAUGGUCCUCGGAACAGGCCACCACCGGGAUCCUCAGUGAUGGUAGGAGGGGUAUCCAUCGGCGUCGAGUCGACGUUGAAGUACCUAGGACUCGUCCUCGACGGCCGAUGGAACUUCGUUGAGCACUUCCGACGUUUGGCUCCCAAACUGGAACGGACCGGGGCUGCCUUCAGGCGGCUCCUGCCGAACCUGGGGGGGCCAAACGCCUCCUGCCGGAGGCUCUACGCGGGGAUCGUGAGGUCCAUGGCCCUUUACGGGGCCCCGGUGUGGGCGCGUGGUUUGGCGCGGCUUGCCGUCCACCACCUAAACGCGCCCCAAAGGGUGGUUGCCGUAAAGAUGGUUCGCGGCUACCGCACGAUCUCCCGCGAGGCGGCGAGCCUCCUUGCCGGAUUGCCGCCAUGGGAUCUGGAGGCGAUAGUCCUCGCGCGCCUGCACGAAUGGCGCGCGGCAGCACUAUGCCGGGGGGAAACCCCGCUGCCGCGGCAAGUUGUCGCGCAGCGGACAGACUUCCGGCAUGAUCUCAUGGCGACAUGGAGAGAGCGACUGUCGCAACCCCGUGCUGGGCACGCCACUAUAGCGGCGAUAAGACCCCUCUUUGAGGAGUGGCUUGAGAGACGCCACGGCGUCCUCACCUUCCGCCUGACGCAGGUUCUCACCGGACACGGUGUGUUCGGGAGGUUCCUGCACCGAAUCGGGCGGGAGGAAACGCCCGGGUGCUCCCACUGCGAGGAUCGACCGGAGGACACGGUGGAGCACACCGUGGAGGUGUGCUCUGCUUGGGCGGAGCACCGCCGUGUCCUCGUAGCGGCGAUAGGCGGCGGCGACCUCUCGCGUCCGGCUCUGGUCGAAGCCAUGGUCCGGAGCGAGACGGAAUGGGAUGCCGUCACCACCUUCUGCGAAGCAGUGAUGCUAGCGAAGGAGGUGGCGGAGCGGGAGAAGGAAAGAGCAACAGCUUUCCUUCCCGGCCGCCGCGGGAGACGCCCCGGGCGUCGGGGGCUACGUCGUGGCCCCCGACCACCGUAG